CCAGCAGUCUGAGGAUUGUUUUUGUCCCACAGAAAAUCUGGAAGAAUGUGGACGGCUGUGAGCAAUUUAGAUGCAUGUACCGUAGGCCUUGCUUUGCUUCUAGGCUUGAUCUCUUUAGUUCUGUAUGAAAUAUUUCGGAUGAAUUUCUCCAGAGCCCAAUAUCCACCCGGGCCAACACCUCUGCCUUUUGUGGGAAACAUAUCAGGUUUUUGGAAGAAUCCAAUGGAGUCUAUUAAAAUGAUACCCAAUUAUGGAGAGAUGUGCACCGUGUUUAUAGGAAGGAAGCCAACAAUAAUCUUAAAUACAAUCCAGAUCACAAAGGAAGCCCUGGUCCAGAAUGCUUUUUCCGGAAGACCACAUGUGCCGAUUAUAGAAUGGGUAUCUGAUGGAGAGCUUGGUGGUAUAGUUUGGUCACAGUUUGGUCACUCCUGGAGACAGCAGAGAAGAUUUGCUUUCCACACACUCAGGAAUUUUGGCCUGGGGAAGAAAUCUAUGGAGGAGCGUGUGUUAGAAGAAGGACAAUGCCUGAUUGCUGAAAUGUGCAAAGCAAAAGGAGCUGCAUUUGACCCCCAACAUAUGAUACAAAAUGCAGUUUCCAACAUGAUUUGUUCCAUUGUGUUUGGAGAUCGCUUUGAAUACAAUGACAAAAACUUUGCAUAUCUUCUGAAGAUCAUCAACGAAAACCUCAUGCUUAUAGGGUCCCACACUGCACAGAUUUUUAACUUGGUUCCCUUCAUCAAGCACUUCCCCGGGCCGCACCAGAAAAUACACCAAAAUGCUAUAAAGUUAAAAAGUUUCCUUAUGGAAGCUGUUGAAGAACACAGAAAAACUCUAGACCCGGACAACCCACGCGACUAUAUCGAUGCCUACCUGCUAGAGAUGGAGAAACAAAAGUCAGCCAAGGACUCCACGUUUCAUGAGAAGAAUAUGUUUAUGAGUGUGAGUGAUCUGUUCAGUGCUGGAACUGACACAACAGCGACCACUAUCAGAUGGGGUCUUAUCUAUCUGAGUCAACACCCUGAUGUACAAGAGCGAUGUAAUGAGGAGAUUGUUCAGGUGUUGGGUUAUGAUCGUCUGCCCAGCAUGGAUGACCGUGACAAACUUCCAUACACGUACGCCACUGUUCAUGAGAUUCAGCGCUGUGCAAACAUCGCACCACUUGUUGUUCAUGAAACCACUGAGCCCUCAAAACUACGAGGAUACAACAUUCCCAAGGAAACUCAGAUAAUGGCAAACUUUACAGCGAUUUUAAGUGAUAAAGAUCACUGGAAACAUCCAGACACUUUUAAUCCAGAGAAUUUCUUAGAUGAUAAUAAAUGUUUCUGCAAACCGGAGUCUUUUCUGCCUUUCUCCUUGGGUCCAAGGGUUUGUCCUGGUGAGACCUUAGCAAAGACCGAGCUCUUCCUCUUUAUCACUUGCCUUCUACAAAAGCUUCGUUUCUCAUGGCCACCAGGUGCAGAGAGUCCAGAAAUGGAUGGGAUUAUUGGUAUAGCUCGCUCACCGCAGCCGUUCAACAUCAUCUGCUGUAGCAGAGGAGCCAAUGAGUGAAGAACUACACUAUAAUGAAUAAAAAACAUCUUAAGAAAGGCUCCUAAAGAUCUCCUAGAUGUUUUGAGAUAGAAGAGAUUUGAGUAAUGUUGUUAUACGUUGUUGAUGAAGUUGAAUACUUCUUUAUAAUAACAUUAGACUAGUUAAGAUUACAUUAUGCAUUUAGCAGAUGCUUUUAUCCAAAGUAAUUUGCAGUUCAUUACAAUGUAUAUAUUUUAUCAAUGUGCCAUUAAGCUAUACAAGAUCUCAGAGAUGGAUAAAAAGUGUUAGCAGAUAUUUCACCUAUUUGUUGAACUGUACAUUUUAUUUAGUUGUCAUUGCCAUCCUGUAAUAUCACUGUGAAGUAUUUUUCUCUCAUGAUGUAAUCUCAGGUUGGAGUACCUCAAUCAAGCCUGUACGGGGCAACAUUAGUACUGUAAUGGUUUUAAUACAAACUAAUGGGUGGAUGGGUUGUAAAGCACGUGUAAAACUGACUGAUGCUUAUGUCAUACUAGUAUGCA